AUGGAUCCCCAAAAGCUGCCAGGGAGGGACCUGGCGCAGGUGUGCCUGGCUUUCCGCAAGGUGGACUUCCCGAGCACAGUUCUGUCCCAGCAUUGCCAGCAGUAUGUACAAAACAACUACCAGAACCUGAACACCUUCGAGCUCGCGGCAGUGCUGAGUUACUUCUGCUUCGCUGGCGCCGGGUUGUCAGGUGGCGACGAGUUCAUCCGGGCAGCAGCGGACGAGGCUGUAAACGACUGGCGCCUGCGGGAGACAGUGCCAUGGUCUGCCUGGCGGAUGCUGGUCACAGCAGCAGCAGAGGCUGGUAUUGACCACCAGCGUCUCUUCGGUGUGGCCGCACCUCACCUAGCGCGAAACGUAAAGUUCAUGAGCGGAAAGGAUGUCGUGGAUGUGUGUGGAGCCUUUGCAGAGUUCCGGUUCAAGCACCACGGACUUCUCGGGGAGGUCUCCCGCUUUCUACCAGCCAUGGGCCUUUCGGGCUCGGAGGCGGCGGCCCUUCAGGCUUCCUUGCAGCGCCUGGAGUUCGAGGCUCCUUGGUUGUUACGGAUACCCGAAGAAAUCAAGAAGAGCUCCACUAGCCGCGCUGGUUACUGGGGCCAACCAGAUGCCGAGUUCAACUGGUGCGAGCUGGACUAUCAGCUCGUGGAUUGGAUUGCGGAGCCUGUGAACACGGCUUCUUGCUUGGUCAUGGUCGCUUUGCCACUGAUGUUCCUUGCAACGCACGAGGCUCGCAUCGAAGAGAACAUUGGCAAUGUUCUGAAUGCUCGUAUUGUUUGGGUCAAAGUAUAUCUUGCAACCUUAGACAACACUGUCAUCGGAUGGCUCGAAGUCGCCAUUGCUGUGGGUAGCAUCCUCUUCCAUGCGACGCUGAGAUAUCCGAUGCAGCUUGCUGACGAGAUCCCGAUGCUGUGGCAGCAUGCAACGCAAGCCAGACUGGGAGCAAUUUCGGAUCGAAGAGUCUUUUGA